UCCGUUGCUUUGUCAUAUAGCUUCAGUUACCGUAACUACGUACUGCUGUAAGCUGGAUUUGUCUGGACCGAUGGUGAUCUGGUGCGCUGGUGUCUCCCGCUGUCCGUCACGCCGCCCGUGCGCCCGCUCCUGAGCCCUGACGUGUCCCUCUCGCGGCGCCCCGGCCGUCUGCUGCCAACAGGGCACACAUACCAAGACACGAUCCACACGACAGCCCCCAAUCGAUCGGCGCCGCUCGGGCUUCCUCUUGUGCCCCGGCCGGCCGCCUCUAGUCUUCCUCCCCUUUUUCAGCACUGCUCUCCUCCUUCCUUCCUUGUUCGUCUCACCGUCCCGUUCCGAACUAGCCAGCCACCAUCUCAGCGUCGUUCGUCGUCGUCUGGCCGAGAAGGAUGGGAGAGUCGCCGUCACUAGCGCCGGCGCCGGCCAAGGUGUACUACGACGGGUGCCCCGGGUGCGCCAUGGAGCGGAGGAAGGACAGCAGCACGGGGACCCCGUACAAGGAGCUCUUCUUCGUCGGGAUCACCACCUUUGCAUCAUCUUUGCCGAUCACGUCGCUGUUCCCGUUUCUCUACUUCAUGAUACAAGACUUGCACGUUGCUCAAAGAGAAGAAGAUAUUGGAUUCUAUGCUGGAUUUCUUGGUGCAUCAUAUAUGGUUGGUAGAGGUUUCGCGUCGAUCUUUUGGGGCAUGGUUGCAGAUCGCAUCGGACGAAAGCCUGUAAUUGUAUUUUCACUUUUCACGGUCAUUGUGUUCAACACUUUAUUCGGAUUAAGUGUGAAAUAUUGGAUGGCUAUCACUACAAGGUUGCUUCUUGGUGCACUAAACGGAUUUCUAGCACCAAUCAAGGCUUACUCCAUUGAAGUUUGCCGGGAUGACGAACAAGCUUUGGGCAUAUCAAUUGUCAAUACAGCAUGGGGAUUAGGCCUUAUAAUUGGCCCAGCAAUCGGGGGCUACCUUGCACAGCCAGCCAAACAAUAUCCACACAUUUUCCAUGACAAGUCAACGUUUGGGAGGUUGCCAUAUCUUCUUCCAUGUCUUUGCAUAUCAAUUUUCGCAACCUUCGCCCUCAUAAGCUGCAUAUGGCUUCCGGAAACACUACACAAGCACAACAAGUUUGAAAUGAGAGCUGAAACGGCUGAAGCUGGCACAACUCAGGAAAGUACAGAGUCACCUAAGAAGAGCUUAUGGAAAAAUUGGCCGUUGAUGUCGUCAAUUAUCACAUAUUGUGUCUUCUCCCUUCAUGACACUGCAUAUAGUGAGAUAUUUUCCCUGUGGACUGUAAGUGGUAGAAAAUAUGGUGGACUUAGCUUUUCAUCUAAGGAUGUCGGUCAAGUUCUUACAGUGGCAGGUGUCAGUCUUCUUGUAUACCAAAUCUUUGUUUAUCGUUGGCUCAAUAAUACGCUAGGACCUGUAAACUCAACCCGCAUCGCAUCUGCCCUGUCUAUACCAAUUAUUGCUGCUUAUCCCUUUAUGACACACUUGUCAGGAAUAAGACUUGGUCUGGCUCUCUAUAUUGCAGCAAUGAUUAAAAGCGUUCUUGCUAUAACUAGAGUUUCCGGCACUUCUCUUCUACAAAACAAUGCUGUGCCCCAAGGGCAAAGAGGUCUGCUUGCGGCGUCUCCGGCGGGUCGGGGGCGUGACUCGUGCGGGGGUUGGUGGCGACGGCGGCUCGCGUUCUGCAGCGCGGCGACGGGGGCUUCGCGAGCCCGUUUCGGGCUCGGCUGGGCCAGGGGUGGCCCGGUUUGCCCCUGUGCUGCGUCCGGCCGGAUCCCGCCGGGGGCGGUGGAGGAUGUCCCCUCCCGCGAGGCUGCUGAUGUUGCCGCUCCUGGUUCCCGGUUGCGUCGUCUUGUUUCCGUCGGUCCCGUUUCGUUUGCCUUGGUGAGACGGCGAUGGAGACUGCUCGACCGUGGUGGCGCAAGUUGGUGGGCGGUGUGUUUGGUGGCGCGGGAUGGAUCGUCUGGGGUCGUGGUUGGUUGGUGGGCGGGAGAAAUCCUUGUCGGCCGGGCCGGCACCGACGCGGUGACGCUCGUGGGCGCCGCCGUGCCUUCCUGAAGGGCGUCGGGCAUACCCCUUUGUAAGACAAUAGGCUUUGGGGGGAACCGGCACAACCCUCUAGGGGUGGCCUAUCACAUAUAUAUAUAAUGAGGUG